CUGCACAAGUUGCCACAACUGAAGCAUGUGUGGGGGAAUUGGCCGCAAGAGACGACGGUCAUGUCCUUCCCAUGUCUGGAAGAAGUAGAGAUUAAGGAAUGCGAGACGCGGCUGACCAGUAUGUUCCCUUCAUCACAGUUGCAAGAUGAGGAGUAUCCUCUAUUUCCUCACCAAAAGGUGGUUCAAAAUAUGAAGAGGUUCACCUGUGAUGGAAAAUUCGCAAAGAUGGUAUGGGACGGCCAAAUUCCGGAUAACUACUUUUCCAAUCUUGAAGAAGUGUUUCUAUAUUUGGACGAUGAUGAUGAUGAGUCAGUAGAUACUACCAUUCGGCGUGGAUUGUACCAGAGUAAGUUUCCAAAUCUACAGAAGCUGGAGUUUAAGGGGGACGAGAAGCCGCCUAUAUUAUUCUCUUCAUCAUCUGUGGAGCUGGAGCCUCCUCGGGACAAUGAAGCCGUUGCAACUUUCAAAACACUGGUUUUUGAGGCAAGGCACUUCUUGGAGCAGCAGAUAUGCAUUGAUGAUACCGAGCCGGCAUUUCUUUGCCAAAACCUUCAAACUUUGGACAUUUCAGGGUGUCCCAACCUGAUAAACUUGGGACCAUCCUUGAUUUAUUUCACCAAUCUUCGAGAAAUCAUAGUAAGUUAUUGCGAUAAAAUGACCAGUUUGCUGGUGCCAUCAACCUCAAGAGGCCUGUCGCAGCUCACGAGGUUGACAAUAACCGAUUGCUGCCAAAUGAAGGAAGUUGUAGCAGAGCAACAAGUGCUGGAAGAGGAUGGUGGUGAUGGUACGACGAGUGGGAGGGAGAUUAUUGUUUUUCAAAAAUUGGAAUCUUUGGAACUCGAAUAUUUGCCAUGUUUGAGGAGCUUCUGCAAUUCUAAUGACCAUGCCUUCAGCUUUCCAUCCUUAGCAGAAGUAAUUAUUAGAAAAUGUCCAGGAAUGAUCAUCUUCUGCCAAGGAGAUGUGCAUACACCAAAUCUUAAAGGUGUCACACUUGAAGAAAGAAGCAUGGGGAAACAACAACCGCACUGGGAAGGCAGCCUUAACCAAACAAUCCAAUACUUUUUGCUAUCUCAGGUAAAAGGUUUGGAGCUGUGCCCUGAGAUGAGAAGCCUAUGGAUGGAAAAACGUUCACAGCGCAUGGCUUUUAGCAGAUUGGAAGAUUUAACCGUUGAGAGCUGUGACUUCUUAUCUGAAUGUGUGAUACCCACACAUUUGGUAGCGUCAUUGAGGCGUUUGAAAGUAUUGGUGGUUCGUAAUUGUCAGUAUAUAAAAACAAUAUUUUGUCCGGAGGAUGGAUGUAAAUGGUUUCAAUCUCUGCAAAAACUACAUGUCACUAAUUGUAAAAGUUUAGAAUACAUUUUUAUGGGAUCAGCUGCUAAAGGAUUUGAGGAUAAUGAGAGUUUAGAGGAAAAAUCUUCAAAGUUCUUGUUUGCUCGUUUAGAGUCUUUGAAAUUGGAGAAGUUGCCAUAUCUCAAGGGUUUUUGUCUGCAAAGAUGUACAUUUGAAUGCCCACAACUCGCAGAGUUACGGGUGUCUCAAUGCGAAAACAUAACCGCAUUUGGCACAGAAAUGGCACGUAUUAUUACAAACUCGGGUGAAAGAGAUGAAUUAGAACAGAGCCAAACCCACCUCUUCUUGGCCGAAAAGGUGAUUCCCAACAUAGAAAGACUAUCAUUGAGUAAAAAAGAUGUGACUCUCAUAAAAAACCACCAAUUCGAGACGAAUCUCUUUGAUGAAGUGGAGGAUCUUACUCUGGGAGGCUUUGUUGGAGGAGAAUCAGCAGCAGCAGCAGCAUCAUCCCUUCCUUUUGAUUUUCUUGAAAGAUUUCCAAAGCUGCUGAGGCUGCGUGUGGAACAUAGUGCCUUUGAGGAGAUAUUCUCAUCUCAACCACAACAACAUACAUUUUGUAGUUCCUUGGAGGAAUUAGAGCUUGCAUAUUUGGAGGAGCUGAAUGCCAUAUGGAAUCAUGAUGAUCAUUCUUCUUCUUCUUCUUCUUCUCAAUUUCAACCACUUCAUCUAAAUCUAGAAUCUCUUAAAGUGGAUUGCUGUCCUAAUUUGAUUAUGCUGGUUCCGGCUUCUGCUUCACUUGCAAAUCUAACACAUCUGAAGGUGUCUGGCUGUCAUCAAUUGACCUAUUUGUUCACAGAUUCAACUGCCAAAAGCUUGGUAUAUCUGGAAACAUUGGCGGUAAAGGAGUGCAGAAAGAUGAAAGAAAUCGUGAGAAAUGAGAGCGAAGAAGAUGCAGCAGGAAUCACAUUAAAUGGAUUGCGCAAACUGGAACUUGAUGCUCUACCGAGCUUUGAGGGAUUUUGUUUGAAAAACCAGACCUUUCAAUUCCCAGACUUAACUGGAGUAACUAUAAAGGGAUGCCAUCAAAUGAAGAUGUUUUCUCUUGGAGACUUGGAAACACCACAAUUGGAGGGUGUGGACAUUGACGAUAGCAGCAUGCGCUUGAAGAGAGAUCUUAACAAAACCAUAGAAUUGUUCGUCUCAAAGAAGGUACCGAAAACACAAUAUAAGGCAUAGCUUGAGGUAUGACCAAUGAAACCUAAAAUUGACGAUUCUUACAUAUUUUUCCCCAUCUUCUAUUCUAACUCUGCCAUUCUGAAAAUGGAAAACAUCUCCUUUGAUGAUGACGAUGACGAUGAUGAUGCAGGAUAACAAGAAUAUAAGGACUGGCUGAGUUCUUCAUCCAUAGUAUCUAUCUUUCAUCCAUAGUAUCUCUCGGGUGUUUCUGUUACGUACGUGGGACGACCGUGAGUUUCUUGGUGUCACCCAAAAACUUCACCAUCAUUAUUGCUAAGUGGUCGAACAACUGAAGAUACUCUCGCAGGCUCAUGGUUCCCAUAUGAAGAUGCAAAAAUUCCUCACGUUUCUGUUCCACGAACGACUCUGAGAUAUAUUCUUCCUUGAAUACCCAUUUGAACUAGGCCCACGUCAGCUAGGGAGGAUAAUCUACGUUCCGAGUGGUAAACAAAAAGAAUGAAUUGAAGUGAUAUAU